AUGCCUGCAGUCGAGGAUGUCCUCGUCGACAUGACUUCGUUGACACCGAGGAAGGACAAGGAACAGAAAGACGCAGAUGCAACACAGCAAGGUCGCUCACUCUUCGUGCGAUCGCUUCCUGUCUCAACCACUAGCGAGUCCUUGACCGGACUCUUCUCGGACGCAUACCCAGUCAAGCAUGCCACUGCCGUGAUCGACCCUGCCACCAAGGAAUGUCGCGGCUACGGCUUCGUAACUUUCGCCGAUGCUGAGGAUGCCGCCAAGGCAAAGAAGCAAUUCAAUGGUCAUGUACUUGACGGCAAGAAGCUACGAGUAGAGGUGGCCGAGAAGCGACACAGGAAUGGAGAAAAUGGAGAAAGUGUACCGCAGAAGAAGAAGGAGCAGGAGCGGCAGCCAUCGCAGCCAUCAAAGCUGAUCGUGCGCAACCUGCCGUGGUCAAUCAAGGGCUCGGAGCAGUUGACGCGGCUUUUCCAAAGCUACGGGAAAGUGAAGCAAGCCUACGUUCCAAAGAAAGGACCUGGUCUCAUGGCUGGAUUUGGUUUUGUGGUCAUGCGGGGAAGGAAGAAUGCCGAGAAGGCGAUCGAAGGAGUAAAUGGUAAAGAAGUAGAUGGCAGGACGUUAGCGGUAGAUUGGUCUGUAGAGAAGGAUGUCUACGAGAGUCAGCCGCAGGACCAAGAAGAGAAUGGAGAAAGUGUCCAAGUUGGAGCAGAAAUCGAGGAGGAUCUCAUGGAGGAUGAACAGGGUCGUGGCUCCGACAGCACCAGCGACGUCUCAGGCACCGAAAGCGAUGACGACGAAGAGGGAGGUGUGGACGAUGACGAUGACGAGAGCAUUGAAGUCAACCUAGGUGAUGAAUCGGAGCAGCAGGUUCAAGACAGAUCUGAGGAUCGGUCGAAGACUCUGUUCAUUCGCAAUCUACCAUUCACUUGCACUGAUGAGGAUCUGGAAGACCACUUUCAACAAUUCGGCAGCACUCGCUACGCCCGAGUCGUGAUGGACUAUGGUACGGAACGCUCCAAAGGUACUGGAUUUGUGUGCUUCUACAACAAGGAAGAUGCAGAUGCAUGUCUGCGAAACGCUCCGAUACGCCCAGCCGCUAGCUUGCCUGAGAAAGGCAAGGAUGUCAAACCGGUGCAGGCACCCCAUUCUAUUCUGCAGAAUGACAUGGCAGACCCGACAGGCCAGUACACACUUGAUGGCCGUGUUCUGCAGGUAACACGAGCUGUCGACAAGUCCGAAGCGAACAGGCUAACCGAGGAGGGUGUGAACCAUCGUUACAAAAGAGACAACGACAAGCGAAGGCUCUAUCUGCUGUCCGAGGGUACCAUAAGCUCUAAAUCCAAGCUCUGGGAACAGCUGCCGCCCUCCGAAAGAGCUAUGCGAGAAGCAAGUGCAAAGCAACGCAAACAAUUGAUCGAGAGCAACCCCUCAUUGAGUCUCAGCCUUACGAGGCUUUCAGUGCGUAAUAUCCCGAGAAGUGUGGACUCAAAACAACUAAAGGAUCUGGCGCGAGCAGCUGUUGUCGGGUUUGCAACAGAGGUCAAGGACGGACAGCGGAGCAGAAUAUCGAAAGAAGAAUUAGCGCGAGGUGGUGACGAGAUGCAGGCCGCGGAAAAAGCUCGUAGGGAAGCCGGCAAGGGCAUUGUGAAGCAAGCCAAGGUCGUGUUCGAGAGUGCUGGUGGUAGCAAAGUGAGCGAAGAGAGUGGAGCUGGUCGAAGUCGAGGCUAUGGUUUCAUUGAGUAUCACACCCACCGAAACGCGCUGAUGGGUCUUCGAUGGCUGAAUGGACAUGCCAUCGACUAUCAAGUCAAGGAUAAGGAAGGUAAAGGCAAGCUCAGCCGAGAGGAGAUCCAGGAUCGGAAGAAGAGGUUGAUCGUGGAAUUCGCAAUUGAGAACGCGCAGGUUGUGAAACGGAGGCAGGAAAUGGAGCUGAAGUCCAGAGCACGUAGCCAGGCUGUCAAGCAGGGCUUGACAUCAGAAGAUGCACACAUCGAGGGAAGUGAGCCGUCCAAAGCUAAGCGAAAGGGCGAGAAGCCGAGCUCGCGGAAGCGCAAGAGAGACUCCGAUGCAGUGCGGCCUUCGAAGGCAACGGUAUCCAGGUCGGACAAGAAGACGAAACCAGAACCGAAGAAGCCGGUCGAUGAGAAGUUGGCACGGCGCAACCAGAUCAUCGGACGAAAACGAGCGAUGCGAGCUCGUCGCAAAGGUGGCAAGUCUUGA